CAUUUAGAGAUCGCUUCUCCCAAAGAACUGGAGCAUGUUAAACGGAAAAACUUUGACAUAAGAAAGGCGUGUGGGAACAUUGUUUGCUUGACUUCAGUCGAAAAAGGCAUGGAAGACAAUGACGAAGAGGAGCUCUGCAGUAUAUACCCUAAGCUGGUUCCACUGGAGAGGCUUAAGGCCACAAUGGAGCAGUUUGUGGAGGACAGGACAGAAAUCAAUAUGUGGACGGCUGUGCUGAUCGGAGCUGUGGUGGUCGUGUCUGUCAUUGGAGUUGUCGUUUUCCUCCUUUACAGAAGAUACAAACUGUCAAAGGAGGCCGGCGUCCCCCACUACCGCUUCAGGAAGAGAGACAAAGUGAUGUUUUACGGCCGAAAGAUAAUGAGAAAGGUUCAGACGCUGUCCUCGGUUCCUGCUUCUAACUCAAACCCAGCCACGCGGCAGCGAGUGAGGAAGAGGACCAAGGUUCUUUCUAUAGCUCGCAAGAUCCUGCGCAUUCGUAGGGAGCCCCCCACCCUGCAGCCCAAGGAGCCUCCUCCCUGCCUGCUGGAGGCUGACCUCACUGAGUUUGAUGUGCAGAGCUCCCAUUUACCCUCUGAAGUGCUGUACAUGUUGAAAAAUGUCAGGGUCCUCGGACACUUUGAGAAACCUCUCUUCUUGGAGCUGUGUCGUCACAUGGUGCUGAUCCAACUGCACCAGGGCGAGGGACUCUUCCGACCCGGUGACACUGAUGACAGCAUUUAUGUGGUUCAAGACGGCCGACUGGAGCUGUGCAUCCACGAGAGUGAUGGCACGGAUGCUGUAGUGAAGGAGGUGCUGCCUGGAGACAGUGUUCACAGCUUGCUCAGCAUCCUAGACAUCAUCACUGGCUACCCAGCACCUUAUAAGACAGUGUCUGCGAGAGCUGCAGUUCCCUCAACUGUCCUGCGCCUUCCAGCUGUGGCAUUUCAGUCAGUGUUUGAGAAGUAUCCAGAAACUCUGGUUCGCGUCAUUCAGAUCAUAAUGGUGCGGCUCCAGAGAGUCACCUUUCUUGCCUUACACAACUACCUUGGCCUUACCACUGAGCUCUUCAACCCGGAGAGCCAGGCUAUCUCCUUAGUGUCUGUGGCAAACGUUCUGUGUGAGACUCAUCCACACAAAGGCUUCCGUAGGCAGCAGUCUCAUUCUGAUGAUCUGGGAUCUGAAAAAGCUGACGCAGUGGAAAAGUGCAGCCUCGCGUCCAUGUCUGCAUCAAAAUCCAAGAGAUCUCGCUCUCUCUCCAACCCAUCUACUGUUACAGGGGAAAUGUCAGCUGACUUCAGCAGUGCAUAUGUUCCAGCUGCCAAAGAGGAGACGGUGUCUCAUAGUCCUGUCAAGUCUAUUCUGAAGAAGAGUGUGACAGUGCAGCAAACUCCGUCUGCUGUGUACCAUUACAGUGAUGCAGGAGGAGGAAGUGUCUACCAUAAUAAAGUCAAUGCCAUUUUCCAAGCUGCUAAAAAGGACCUGCUGCAGGUCAUCCAGUUACAGGACCCCAAUCUGCUGGAUGGGAGGGUGAAUCUUCGCCAGGCCAAAGCUGGAUGUGUUGUUGGCCACCAGGGAGACCAGGAUGUUAGCGUGGCAUUUGUCAUCUCGGGGGUACUCCAUGUCUAUCAGCGUAUGAUAGAUCGUGAGGAGGAGAGCCUGCUUUUUGUCACCCACCCCGGGGAGUUGGUAGGUCACCUGGCUGUCCUCACAGGGGAGCCCCUCAUCUUCACAGUGCGAGCGCACCGAGACUGCACCUACCUCUCCAUAUCCAAGGCUCACUUCUACGAGAUUAUGCGUGAAGAGCCCAGGGUGGUGCUAAAUGUAGCUCACACUGUGGUGAAGAGGAUGUCGCCAUUUGUUAGGCAGAUCGACUUUGCCCUGGACUGGAUGGCUGUGGAGGCUGGCCGUGCUGUCUACAGACAGGGAGACAAGUCAGACAGCACUUUCAUCGUCCUCAGUGGCCGUCUGCGCUCUGUCAUUGCAAAGGAUGAUGGAAAAAAGGAGCUCGCUGGGGAAUAUGGCCGUGGGGAUCUAAUUGGUGUGGUUGAGGCCCUGACGCACAUGAACCGAGCCACCACGGUCCAUGCUGUUAGAGACUCAGAGCUGGCCAAGCUCCCUGAAGGAGCUCUGAACUCCAUCAAGAGGAGGUAUCCUCAGGUUGUCACUAGGCUGAUUCAUCUGCUGGGACAGAAGAUCCUCGGAAACAUGCAGCAGGUCACCGGACCCCUGGCUGCUCAUAGUUUGGGGCUCCACACGCCUACAAGUAAGUGGGAUGCUGGGAAUCCAGCCUCCAACCUGUCCACUGUGGCCAUCCUGCCUGUGUCGGAGGAGGUUCCACUCACUGCAUUUACUCUGGAGCUACAGCAUGCACUCUGCGGCGUUGGUCCCACUCUACUCUUGACCAGUGACAUCAUAAAGCAGCGACUGGGUUCUGCUGCUCUGGACAACGUCCAUGAGUACCGUCUGUCCAGUUGGCUUGGCCAGCAGGAAGACAUCCAUCGCAUUGUCCUAUACCAGUCUGAUCCCAGCCUCACACCUUGGACCCAGCGCUGCAUCCGCCAGGCUGACUGCAUCAUCAUUGUGGGACUGGGUGAGCAGGAGCCCACAGUGGGUGAGUUGGAGCGAAUGUUGGAGGGCAGUGCAGUCCGAGCUCAGAAGCAACUCGUGUUGCUUCACAGAGAGGACGGUCCACCACCCAGAGGCACUGCAGAGUGGCUCAACAUGCGGAGCUGGAUCUCCAGACACCAUCACCUGUGUUGCCCCCGCAGAGUGUUCUCCAGGAGGAGUUUACCCAAGCUGAGGGAGUUAUACCAGCGUGUGUUUGAAAAAUGUCCAGAUCGUCAUUCUGAUUUCUCCCGCCUGGCCAGGAUCCUGACUGGAAACAGCAUUGCCCUGGUGUUAGGGGGAGGGGGCGCGAGAGGCUGCUCUCAGGUGGGCAUCCUGCGGGCGCUGAAUGAGGUGGGGAUCCCUGUGGACAUGGUGGGCGGCACCUCCAUCGGCUCCUUCAUGGGAGCGCUGUACGCUGAGGAGAAGAGUAUCAGUCGAAUGAGGGUCCGGGCUCAUGAGUGGGCAAUGGAUAUGACUUCAUACUUUAAGAAGAUCAUGGAUCUGACAUACCCAGUUACCUCCAUGUUCUCUGGAGCCUCCUUUAACUCCAGCAUUAGCUCCGUCUUCAAGAACAAACAGAUAGAGGACCUGUGGUUACCGUAUUUCAACAUUACAACAGAUAUCACAGCUUCCUCUAUGAGAGUUCAUACUGACGGAUCAUUGUGGCGGUACGUCCGGGCCAGCAUGUCUCUGUCAGGUUACCUGCCACCUCUUUGUGAUCCCAAAGACGGACACUUGCUCAUGGAUGGAGGGUACAUCAACAACCUUCCUGCUGACGUGGCUCGCUCCAUGGGUGCCAAGGUUGUGAUCGCAAUCGAUGUUGGAAGCCGGGAUGAGACCAAUCUGACCAACUAUGGUGAUUAUCUCAACGGCUGGUGGCUGCUGUGGAAGCGGUUAAAUCCACUAGCUGAGAAAGUCAAGGUCCUGAACAUGGCAGAGAUCCAAACACGACUCGCUUACGUCUGCUGUGAGCGGCAACUUGAGCUGGUCAAAAACAGUGACUACUGCGAGUACAUCCGGCCGCCUAUCGAUCGCUAUGGCACACUAGACUUUGGAAAGUUUGAUGAGAUUGCUGAGGUGGGGUACCAGCAUGGGAAGACACUGUUUGAUGUGUGGCAGCGCAGCGGUGUGGUGGACAGCAUGCUUAAGGACCGACAUCAGGAGGAGUUUCAUAAGACGAAAAUCGGUCAUGUGGUCACAUGCCCAAACGCCUCCUUCACUGACCUGGCAGAGAUUGUGUCGAGAAUUGAACCCAUCAAGAAUGCUGUAAUCGAUGAGGAACUGUCUGAUGAGUACCAGACAGACUACGAUGAAGACGCGGUGGAAAGUGCACUGUCUGACUAUGAGGCCUUCACCCCUGGCAGUGAACACACAGAGGAGGAGGAAGAGGAGACAGCAGAUACUGCUGAAACUGACGAAGAAAUUCCAGUCAGAGUUCGGCGCCGGGUAAAGAACCCCCUGCAAAGUACAGGGCUGUGACUUCCUGUCAGGUGUGCUGCUUCAGUGCAGUGUUGGCUCUGGCCCAGUGAGCAGCCAGGUACCACGCUCACUGAACACUUCAGCAGGACACUAAUGAUGCUACUUACAGACAGCAAGAAGUUGCGGUUGUGGCCUUUCCCACUGAUCCCAUGAGCCUGUCCACCACAGGCUGAUGCCAGCCUCAACAUUUUCCACUUCUGCAGAAUGCAACUGUCUGAGAGCACCUUUAAAGUUAGACUCACACCAUUUAGCAGCAUACUCGUUUUAAUGAUAAAUUAGUACAUUUAGAGGG